AAGAAGCUACUGUUUCUAACCGGACAGUUAUAGAACAGACACCGUUCUCAUCAUGUCGAGGCACCUCCGCUUCAUCGCAAGAACUGUGAUGGUCCAGGACGGCAACGUUGAUGCGGCGUACAAGACUUUGAACAGGAUUCUAACUCAGGAUGGAAUUAUUGAAACAGUGAAGUGCAAGCGCUACUUCGAGAAGCCCUGCCAAGAACAACAGCGGAAGAACUUUGAGAACUGCAGGCGGAUUUACCACACGGAAAUGGCCAGAAAAAUAGCCUUCAUCUCAAGGACAAACAGAGAGGAUCCAUGGCUCGGCAACUAGGAAAAUAAAGGUGGCGUGAUGAAAGAGAAGGCUAUCAGUUGACUGGUUGUGACGGGGACCAGCAUGUGGAAGACGCAAUCAAGAUCCACACCAUGUCACUGUCACACAUAAACGGACUGGGAGAAGAAUGCUGCUCCAUUGUUUCACAUUCAGUGGGAGUAAAUCGUAAUAGGCCUGCAAUAACCUGUAAUAGGCAGGUUAAUUAAAACUUGUCUGGCAUUUUGUGUACGAAUCUUCCUUAACAGAUUGCCAAUGAAAAGCUAAUAAAUUUGAGACAAUAUCUAAACCUUA